AUGAUUGUCAGUGAAAACUUUGAUUUGACUAAUGGUGACUCUCUAAAUCAUCCAGGAAGUUCUGAACUUACUGAAAAUUUGACUGAGAAUACUUCAAGUAGUCCAAUUAAUAAUCUGCCAGAAGUCGAAAAUUUUUGUUUCCCAGCAGUAACUCCUGAAAUUGCUGUGUUCCUGCAGCAGCUUGCAGUUUACGCUCAGGCAAAAUUAGGUGGAGAUGAAUCUGCGACUAAUCCAUUCUUGAUUCCUUCAUCCACGAACAAUAUUGCUUCAACAUCAUCAUCGUCACUGAUGAUAAAAAAUGGGGACAUUGUAUUCAACAAAUCUAAAGAAGUAGAAUUUACGAGAUUUAAAAAAAGGCCAGAAGAAAUGGUUCGUCGUUUGCUAUUAGAAUUAGUAGGGCGAGAAGAGCUAAAGACUAUGACUGCACUUGGCUUUGCAAGAGGUGGAAAAACGGGAAAAGCUGUACCUGAGGAGAUUAGAAAUGCUGUGUACACAAAAGGAUUUACAUAUGAAAAGUUUAUCGACACAAUUAACAACCAAUGCUGUACUUUGCGAAAUCCGAAAAAAGAAAAGCCAGCAAAUGAAAAGGUGAAGAAAAUUCGUAAAGUAAAUAACAAUAAUGAUAAUCGUGAUGAACAGAAUGAUGAAAUCGAUGGAAAUAAGGAUGACAAAUGCGCAGAUAGUAAUGACGAAAAUACUGAUCAGGAAGACAAGGAUUCUGAAAAUCAGGAUGAAGAAAAUGUUAGUGAACAACCUAUACAACCAGAUUCAGAAUCACCAGUUGCCAAAAAAAGGAAGCAUUAA